UAACAGCAAACGUACGCGGCCUGCGCGGCGGCGCCGCGAGUGCCCACCAAACUUAUUUAAAACUAGGGCAACGCACGCCCGCCCUAACUUAUGAAAGUACUCUUAAUUCGACUCGUUCCAGCCGAUAACAAUGCAGCAAAGUUAUGCACGGCAGUUAGCGCGGGGAGGGGCGCCGCCAAUCUUCCGCACGUUGCAGUACAAAACCGAACUUCUUUGUAAGAACACCUCGCAAAACUUUGUCCCAAGUAAACUCGCAGAAACGCCGAAGUCCGCCGCCGGCCGGGCCCGCCGCUGCCCGCCUCGCUCGCCGCUCCGCGAUACCCCCCGACCCCGCCCCGCCGCGAUCGACAACGAUCCGCCUCCGACAAACAAACGGACAAGUUUUAAUGUUUUGCUCACAAAGUGUAUGAUUAAACGCGGAGAGCGGCGGAGAGAGCCGGCCGUAAGUUAUUGAUUUUCCCCGACCGAACCCCUGUCGACUACGCGGCUCGCCGCCCGGUGAGCAAGCUCUUCUCGGCGACGUCACUUGCUAACUCAUUCAAAAUCCAAGCAAACCUACUUUUAUAUAUAAACAGUUUAGCAAAAUCACUUUUUAUUGUCCGUAAAAAAGUUUUAGUCGGACAUGCAGUGUGACAAAUAAGUUUUUCUCAGGGUUGUUAUGAGAAAAGUUAGGGGUUGCUGCGCAACUACACCGCGAGCCGCGCGAGUCGCGCACCCUACAACUUCACGUCGCUCUACGUUCCGAAGUUAACGCAAAGUUCCGCCAUUUUGGAACAUGCUCACAACCCACUUGUUUUAUAAAGAAACUUUUUAUUAAUUCCUGUGGGCCGCGGAGUGGUAGUAAGAUGUUUUGAGGUUAUAUUGUUGGACGGAAGACGUUAUGCUGACUCGGAGCUGAUGUUUAAGGGCCCCGGGGACCGCGAGCUGGUUGACAGAGAGUGUUUGUGCCGAUUUGUGAUAUUGUUUUGAAGUGUUAUCAAGACUGACGUUUCCCGGAUGAUGCUCUUGUAAUUUGUGUUUACUUCUUCGCUUGUGAGGAGACGCUAAAGGUACUUUUCGGGAGCUAUAUCGCUUCGGACGCCUUGAUAAUGACAGGUGGACAGUGAAAAACUUUGUUUAGAUAGUUUUUUCGAAGGAUAUAAAGUUGUGAUAGUGAAAAGUUUUGAGACAAAAGUGUUUACGAGUUGGUGGUAACAUUAGAAGUGUAAUCAGUGAGCGUUGUGCCUUCGUUCCGAGUCAAACUGUCUGGAAAUCGCCUGGAUAACGGACUGCAGUGAGACGACUCAUGAGAAAUAACUGAGAUAUCAUUAGAAUGUCCCGCAAGUCCCGGCAAGGGUACAGCAUCCGGCACCUUCUUCAGCUGCCGAAUGCGCCCCGCAGCCCGCCGGCCGCGCCGCACCCCCCUGCGCCCUGUAUAAAGGCAUCCCUCCGGCACCGAAUGCCUUCGCCGUCCGACCAAGAUGCACGUGACUGCGAUGAAGAAGAGGCUAACAAGGCAAGUACAUUCGCUAAGCUUAAAACUAAAAGAACAACAUUUAAAAGCCACUCCGGCCCCACAAGCGCAAUCCAAACUUCGUCGACGACUUUAUGGCCUCGGCGACCGCCAAAAGUCGCCAGGCAAAAGUCGCCACGCAAAAGUGCAAGCGUGUUUACCCAUAUAUCAGCGUUUCUUUCCGAUAAGCUCCCCCGCUGCCAAUAAAGUGAUUAAGUCACA